AUGGAGACCGACAAGAGCACUACGCAACAUGUUGACACUAUCGAGUCUGUGAACAACUCGGAUCACAAUGUUCCGUUGAAGCACGUCAACAGCGCGAACGAAGAAAUCGUUCAACAUCUUCAGACAACUGGAGAGGAGAUCGGAAUGACAUGGAGGACAUUCAUGGCCGCAGCUUCCAUGGCAAUGUGCUAUAACGCCUAUCUCUUCACGCUGCUGAUCCCUCCUGCAAUUCUUACCUUCAUCAACGCUGAUCUAGGGCCUGAUCCGCGUUAUACCUGGAUCACCAUUUCUUGGAACCUAGGAGGGGCCAUGUUCGUCACGAUAGGUGGUCGUCUCUCGGAUAUCUUUGGCCGCAGGUACUUCUUCCUUGCUGGAGCCUGCCUCUUGAUCAUCGGCAGUAUUGUAUCUGCGACGGGCCAGAGUAUCAAUCAGAUGAUAGCUGGCGGAGCCAUCUUUGGAGCGGGUUCCGGGUUUCUCGAGAUGAGCUUCGGUGCCGUUCAGGAAAUCGUCCCGAGCAAAUACCGUCAUGUCACCAUCGGCGUAUUCGAUGCGUCCUCAAUCAUCGCACAGCUCAUGCCUCUCAUCAGCUGGGUCAUCAUCAAAGAAACGAAGAACUGGCGCAUCUGCUACUACAUAAUGAUUGCUUUCCAAACCGCCAAUCUGGCAAUGCUCUUUUUCUUCUAUCACCCGCCGUCCUUCCGAGUCAAACAAGCGGAGCACGGGAAGGCUAAGCGCCAGCUGCUUCGAGAGUUCGACUGGAUUGGCCUCUUCCUCUUCCUGGCAGGCUGCACGCUCUUUAUCGUAGGAAUUAGUUGGGGCGGCACUUUGUAUCCGUGGGUCAGUGGGACCACUCUGGCACCUAUCAUCAUUGGCCUUUUGACCUUGAUCGGCCUGGUUGUGUACGAGAACUUUACAACACUGAAAGAGCCAUUGUUCCCGCCACGUCUGUUCAGGGCGAAGCGUCACUUCACCACUCCUAUGCUAGUCAUGGCCAUAGGAGGCAUGCAAUACUAUAGCAAUGCAACACUGUGGCCCCGACUGUCACAGCUUCUCUACGCCGGCGACGAGAUCUCCAAAGGUCUUUUCGCCUCAGUCCUCCCACUCGGCACGAUCAUCGGCGGUAUCAUCGUCAGCUUCAGCAAGUACAUCGGCCACCAACGCUGGCAAGUCGUAUUUGCCGUCGCUCUCCAGACUGCCUGCGUCGGCGCCAUGUCCACGGCCACUCUCGGCAACUCCGUCCAGUCAAUCAUCCUCACGUGCAUCAUCAGCGUCUGUACGAGCGUCAACAUCCUCAACGGUAUGGUCCUCGUCGGUUUUGGCAUCGUCUACCAAGAAGACAUUGGCACCGCGGCCGGUCUCGCAGGCACCUCGCGCCUCCUGGCCGGCGCCGUCGCAACAGCCAUCUUCUCGAACGUUACAAACAACAGAUACACGACCUCGCUCCCUUCUGCUGUUCUCGCCAACGUCUCCUCGUUCAAUCUCCCCACCGCAACGCUCUCCAAGCUCAUCGUCGCUGCGAAGGCAAACACCGCCGCCGCAUACCAGGCUGUUCCGGGUAUCACGCCUGCUAUCCGCGCCGCUGCUACCCUGGGCAACAAACAGGCGUAUCUACAGGGUGCCCAUUUGAGCUACCAGGUCGCGCUUGCAUUUGGGCUGCUGGGUGUCAUUUGUGCGUUUUUCAUCCCGAGUAUUGAUCACAGGAAGUACACGGAUCGGACGGUAGCGGUGCAGCAGAGGGACCGGAAGGAGUUGGUAGAGAAGAAGAUGGCGGGGGAGGGGGCGUGA